AGUGCAGUGGGGUUGAUGAUCGGAUUUUCGUCUCGUUCUCUGUGUUGUUGUUCUCGGUGACGCGACGGAGGUGUAGCCUGACGCGGUCUCUUACGUGUCGGCCUGAAUAAAAGUGGAGCUCCGAGGGCUCGAGAGUGACGGAGGGAGUCUGUAUCGAUUUCUGCAGUGACGGAGAGUGAAGGCUUACCAGAGUCAGUGGACGUGUGAAAAUUUUGUCUCUUAUAGCUAACUCGAUGACCAUGGAGUCGGGAGCCGAUGCCCAGCAGGGUGCAGACACCGCGGUCUCCGAAACUGAGAACCAACAGAUCACACAGGCCCAAAUCGCCACUCUUGCACAGGUAACGAUGGCUGCCGGACACGCUAGUGCCACGGCACCCACAGUCACCCUGGUGCAGCUGCCCAAUGGCCAGACAGUACAGGUGCACGGAGUGAUUCAAGCUGCUCAACCUUCAGUCAUUCAAUCACCACAGGUGCAGACUGUCCAGAUUUCUACAGUAGCGGAGAGUGAGGACUCACAGGAGUCGGUGGACAGCGUGACGGACUCUCAGAAACGAAGAGAGAUCCUUUCUAGACGCCCCUCAUAUAGGAAAAUCCUGAAUGACCUGUCAUCAGACGCUCCAGGAGUUCCGAGAAUCGAAGAGGAGAAAUCCGAGGAGGACGCAGCGCCUGCCAUCACUACAGUGACCGUGCCAACUCCAAUAUAUCAGACCAGCAGCGGCCAGUACAUCGCCAUUACACAGGGUGGAGCCAUUCAGCUGGCAAAUAAUGGUACAGAUGGAGUGCAAGGAUUGCAGACUCUCACCAUGACCAAUGCCGCAGCAGCCCAGCCGGGGACCACUAUCCUGCAGUACGCCCAGACCAGUGACGGUCAACAGAUACUGGUGCCCAGCAAUCAAGUGGUGGUACAAGCUGCUUCUGGAGAUGUUCAGGCCUAUCAAAUCCGAACUGCCCCAACCAGCACAAUUGCUCCAGGUGUGGUCAUGGCAUCUUCUCCAGCCCUGCCAAGUCAAGGAGGGGCUGAAGAGGCCACGCGUAAGAGGGAGGUACGCCUCAUGAAGAACAGAGAGGCAGCUCGUGAGUGCCGCCGAAAGAAAAAGGAAUACGUCAAGUGUCUGGAGAACCGUGUGGCUGUUUUGGAGAACCAGAACAAAACUCUCAUCGAGGAACUCAAAGCACUCAAAGACCUGUACUGUCACAAAUCAGAGUGACGUACCACCCUCUCUCCCUACGUUCUGGCAGACUUACGUGUACAGAGACUAAAGGGCGAGCCGGCCAGACGCGGACGCAUGUUUUCUAAAUGUUUUCUUAUUUUAAAUUGCUGCAGACUGCCUGUAUGAACACACAAGUACAUGAGGGAACCGAACACAAGCCCCUCGUCAACACAAAUCUCCUCUAGAAAUAUUGGAUCAUGUCAUUAAAGACAAAAAAAAAUGCUGAAAACCUUACUGUGGACAUAAAAACACAAGUACGUUCUCAGCCGUCUUUACUUCUGGACUCAAACCGAAACUCAGAGGAGGGGUUUGUGGGAAAAUGUUUACCUUUUCUUCCAGUGUGCUGGUGUAUAUUUCAUCAGUGAUUUUUAAAAGAGAUAAAAAAAAAUUAUGUACAAUAAUAAUUUCACUGGCAUUUCAGUAGUAUGGUAGGCAUCGAGAAAGAUUUCGUCUUGGAGUUGGCAUCAUUCCCUCUUGAGAUUUUAAAGGUUUAACGUGUCUGACUGUUACUUUUAUUUGGUGUAAAGUGAUCUCGUGUUUUAAGUUGACAUUUUUACCUUUAAAUAUGAACAAACUAUAUAGAAUUAUGAAAGCUGAUUUCCAGAAUCUAUGCCAUUUAUAAACAGAAAUAUUGUGUAUUGUAUACAGAACAAGAUUAUAGCCCAUGUACAUUUCCAGUUUGACAUUUUGCUUAUUUUAGAUGACAAAAAUGUACCUAAAUCUUUUAAUUUCAUACAAUACUGCCUUUGCAGUAGCAACGGUUGCACAAACACAGUAUAAAAAGGUCAUUUUUAUCGCAGGCAUUUGGUCACUUAUACACCAAAACUCACCUUACAGUGACAGGAAUUGCUCAAGUGAUUUUUAAAAGUAUAUUUUCAGGUUAAACGUUUCUUUACGUUUAUAUUGAUCAUAUUCGGCAGAUCACUUUUGUGUUAUGCUUGUGUAUCAUAGAGCUAUAAUUGGAUGAAAUACAAUCCAAUACAUUCUAUCUCUGGCAUUAUAAACUAAAGCAUGUUUUAUAAAUAUUACAUAAGCUUUGAUAUUGUUAUAUGGUCAAUUUUUCAUUUCAACACUAACUGGGAGGCAGUGUCUUUGUAUUUGAUAAUGUGAUAACAUAAGUAAAGAGUACAUGUUAUCUAUUAUAGCAUAUGCAUUUUUGGCAGCUAUUUAUAUAUAUAUAUAUAUAUAUAUAUAUAUAUAUAUAUAUAUAUAUAUAUAUAUAUAUAAAGAUAUGUUAAAAGGAUUUCUCUUGGUUUCAUUUUUCCUUUGUUGACGUUGAGUUGCUUCGGAAACUACAAGAAACAACUGAACAGUUAAACAAUUGCCUUUGUCAACGCAAGUUGUAUUUUGUUUACAAAGUUGUCUCUGUUGACCCAAACUGUUUAAGGCUUUUGAUGAUUUGUCAAUGACUUUUAAAGUUGUUUAAAAGCAAAAGGGUUUCACGUUUUGCGUAUGUUUUGCACUGAGGACAGAAAGUUUUAAAUGAGAUGUUAGCGGACUAUGAAUUAAAAAUGCCCAUCAACAACGCCAGUCUGUGCUGAAAGGUGCCCGUGUUGGCGAGUGCAUCAUCUGCUGCUACUCUUAAACUUCGAACCGUCUGCCUGACGUGUCAUUUACGCAUUCAGGCGUAACAAAUUAGGGAAGCAAUCUCUCCACAGCAGGCGCUCACGGUCCAGAUCUGCAGUCUAACUGCUUAUGCAAGCUGACAUGCAACCCGAUUUCCCUCACAGAACCAAUUAUUUUCUGACACAAGAAUCUGAAUUGACUCAUCGAAGGACAGACUGACCUCAGCUUUCAGAGAAAUGCAAAUUCUGUCUGUUUUCAGUGAUAGAAUCUUUAUUCAUUUUUCUGAACUGACAUUACCUUUUUUUUUUUUCUUUUUUUUUUUUUCUCCACUCUUGUGUGUACCCCGUAUGCAAUGAGAUUGACCUACUGCCAUGCUGGCCAAAGUGAACUCCAAAAUAUGCGACUGUGUAUGUUUGUCUUCAUGCGUACAAAAGACCAAUCAAUCUAAAGCAAUGUUUGAUCCCACUCAUUUUGGACAAACACGUCAUGCACUUUUUGUAUGAUAGCUUUCACCUUUUGGACACUAUGUACAAAACUGGUAGGAUUUUAUAGUGUUUCAAAGGUUUAAAAGUGUAUUGUAUAUACUCUGUGACUUGGCUUACAUUUUUAGAAGCUUUGCACUCUAUUACUGUUAAAACACUUAUGUAUACUUGUUGUUGUUCCCCCACCUCCGUUUUGUAUACAAAUGUAAAUCUUUAAUAAAAUACUAAUACUGCA